AUGGAAAAAAGCGAAUUUCGUGUGCUAAUUAAGCAUUACUUUUUACAUAAGAAAUCCAUCACUGGAACUAAGGAAAGACUUGACUACAGGGACUUGGCACCAUCAAUUUCAAUGAUUAAGAAGUGGUUCACUGAGUUCCGUGGUGGUCGUACCAGCACUAGUGAUGCCGAACGUUCAGGUCGCCCAAAAGAAGUGAUCACGCCGGAAAUCGUCGAUAAAAUCCAUGAAAUGAUAUUGGAUGAUCGGAGAAUGAAAGUGCGGCCGCAUUUGGCGAAGAAGAAAGUGCUGUUCCAUCAAGACAAUGCACGUGUGCACACUUGUCUAGUCACGUUGGCCAAAAUCCACGAAUUGGGAUACGGACUGCUACCCCAUCCAACAUAUUCUCUUGCAACUAUUUUCUGUUUCCAAGCCUAA